CAGUCGUUGUGUGUAACCGCUUCGUGCCGGUCGACUCAGUCCAAGUGUGUGAAUGUUUAGUGCAGUUCAGGGCAACCGAGGUUGCAUGGAAAUUACACCGUGUAAAAUACUUCGACAAAAAUAAGAAUGCCUCGCUUAGAGAAUCCACCACCGGAAGACUUCCGCCGCAUCCUGCGCGAAAAGGCACUGAACCACAGUUUAUUUUACAUGAAACUCGGGGCAGGAAUUGGCUCCGAGCAUGUGCGGGAAUCCUCACAGCCGCAGAAUCAGUCCGCGCGCCGACAAAGCGACAUCGUUGCGCGCGCGCGCAAUCGGCAAACUCAACCGCGCGUAUCAGAACUUCUUAAACGUUUCGAACCUGGACCGAUGCAGUAUUUGCGUAUACCACGAGCGAUAACACCCCCAGAAGACAUCAGUUCAUCAGAUGAUGAUGAUAGAGCGGCGAUCAGGCGCCGCAGCCGUGACCUGAGCGACGAUUCGGCAGUCGAGCUGGAGCCGCGAAGACGGCAUUCUCACCCUCGGGAUAUAACGCCACCACCAGAUCCCAUGUCGCCGAGACGAGAGAGAACAUUAAUAGAGGCUAAUGUGGUGGAAAUAGGGAGACGCGGCAGUGAGGGAUGUGAGACCAGAGCGCGGUGUGUGAGGACUCCCAGUGUGGUGGUUAGUGACUACUCCGAUGGUAUUGCUGUGGGUGCCACUGAGGAAGAAGUGGACUGGCUGCGUGCGAGAUCCCUAUCAGCUGACUCUGCUUGCUCAUCUUGUUCUACGCUCUCCAGCCGGGAGGAUGAGGAAUUUGAGUCUCCACCUAUGCCGAAAAAGAUCUUAAAUGUCGAAUGAAGGCCGGUGCCCUGAGCGACCUGGAGCUGGCACCAUCAUCGGGACUCACCACUUUCUAUCUUUAUACUAUUCAAGGGACCAUAGAGAAUCGACGGAUUAGAAAAAUGUAUGUGAUUAUUAGUCUGUUUUCUAACAUAGACAGCAGACGAAUCCAAACGUCAUGAGCAUUUUGAUUGAUGUAUUCUCUAGUGUCAAUAGAAAUUUAUAAGAGCACUAUUAUUCUGUAAUAUUAACACAUAUCUGUCUAGUGCUAUUUGUCAUUCUUAUUUAUUUGAUAGCAAUUCAUGUAAAGCUAAGCGUACAUAAGAUAGCUACCAUCUUAGUUUACGUGACACUGUAUAAUUCACUGUAUGGGAAUGACGUUGGUCUACGGUUUGUCACGUGACCAUUUUUAUACAAAUUCGGUUGGCGUUUGUGGGUCACGCCUAAGGAAGAGUGACUUUGUCUCAAGCCCCUAAUGCAAAACGUAUGUUACUCUACAGAUACAGACUGUUAAAUAAAGCCUUACUCACAAGUUGCUCUUCAAUCAAUAAUAAAUUGAUUUAAAAUGACACUAUUUGUAUUUUAAGUGUUUUGGAGAUAGUAUAUGUUACAAAGUCAGGAGUGAAAUCUUUUUAUAUUAGAUAAAAUUUUAACAGUUUUCACAUAGUUUUGUGUAAUUAGAUAGCAGCAUAUAUACAAAAGCUUUAUACUACAAUAAUUAAAAAUGUAUGUAAAAUAUAUACUGCAUAUUACGUAAUAAUAGACUUCAUUUGAAUCAUUUUGUUAAAAUUAAGAAUUAUAAUGAUUUAAGUCAUAUAAAUAUGGUUGACACCGCUAUCGCGGUAAGCCGUGGGUUCGAUUCCCGUUUGAAUAUUUGUUUU